UUCGUCCUUCUCUCUCUUAUCCCUUGAAAACCCAGCGUCUGCUUCCAAUCCAAACCCCUGCUUCUUAACUCCAAGCCCUAAUUUGCUAUAAUUGCAGAGGGGCACUAGAAAUUGGGAAUUAAGUCAAGUUCGUGUGCAAUUUUCAAAUGGGAGGUUCAGGGGAGAGGGAGACCAAGUUCCUGCAGGAACUGAUACUGUACGCGGCGAGCGCGGCGUUGAGUUGCUUGGUUUUGUUCGCGGGGCUCCGGCAUCUCGACCCGAACCGGGAGGCGUCGAAGAAGGCGAUGGAGCACAAGAAGGAAAUCUCCAAGCGACUCGGCCGCCCUCUUAUUAACACCAAUUCUUAUGAGGAUGUUAUAGCCUGCGAUGUAAUAAACCCCGACCACAUUGAAGUAGAAUUUGGAUCUAUUGGAGGACUGGAUGAUAUAAAGGACGCCUUGUAUGAACUAGUGAUCCUUCCGCUACAGAGGCCUAAUUUGUUUUCCCAUGGGAAGCUUCUUGGUCCACAAAAAGGUGUCUUGCUGUAUGGACCACCAGGUACUGGAAAGACUAUGCUUGCCAAAGCUAUUGCGAAGGAGUCUGGAGCUGUUUUCAUCAAUGUCAGGAUAUCAAAUCUGAUGAGCAAAUGGUUUGGUGAUGCACAAAAGCUCGUUGCUGCUGUAUUUAGCUUGGCUUAUAAACUCCAGCCUGCUAUCAUAUUUAUUGAUGAGGUUGAUAGUUUCUUGGGUCAGCGCCGAAAUACAGAUCAUGAGGCAUUAACAAACAUGAAAACUGAGUUCAUGGCAUUAUGGGAUGGCUUUACUACAGAUCAGAAUGCUCGAGUUAUGGUUCUUGCUGCUACUAAUCGUCCAUCAGAACUUGAUGAAGCAAUACUUCGUCGUCUUCCUCAGGCCUUUGAGAUUGGGAUGCCCAAUCAAAGAGAGAGGGCUGAUAUACUAAAGGUGAUUUUGAAGGGCGAGAGAGUUGAAGACAAUAUUGAUUAUGACCGUUUAGCCGUCUUGUCUGAGGGUUACACAGGUUCGGAUCUACUUGAGCUUUGCAAGAAAGCAGCCUAUUUUCCUAUCAGAGACCUACUAAAUGAAGAAAAGAACGGAAAGAAAUCUUCUGCACCAAGGCCAUUAACCCAGUUAGAUUUGGAAAAUGUUCUCGCAACGUCCAAACAUACAAAGGUUGCUGCAAAUGACUAUACUGGCUUGAUCUCAUCACAAUCAUCACCAGGGUGGUCAAGGAACAGAGAGACAGGUGAUUAUCCAGUUCAAGCUGCAAUUCAUGAGCUCACGAGGCACGUGGUCCAAAUCUUGAAUAUUCAACCUGAUGCACAGGACCCUUGAAAUCGCAACCUCCAAUCCAGCCACAAGCCUCCACAGGUGGGGGAAUUCUUGGGUGUCAAGGGUGUAUAUCCCCGUGUGUAUAUAGAACUCUUAUACAUCACGGGAUGAGUGAUAUAUUCACACGGGGUAUACCUCCGGCGAAACCCUUGUGUUUCUCCUAUCGGUGACAUGUUGAACUCCACACCGUUAGACUCAUGGCAGUAGUACAAUUAUUUUGUAUUAGGUUUACAAUACAUAUAUUCGAAGUAUUCACGUAGUUCCAUCGUUUUGAAUGGUGCCUAAGAUCAUAUUGUGAUUUAGCAAGUGACAGAUUGUUGGAUAUGAAGGAGCUGCUUUGUAUCGUUAAACAUUCGUCGUUCGGAAUCAAACCAUUGGCUGUUAUAAACCUUUCUGACUCUGUAAACGUUGUUUAUAGUGGGUGAUUUUGUUUGACAUUUAA